CUUUUUCUCAUCACCGACCUUUUUUUUUUUUGGAAAAAAAGUAUUAUUUUCCCACUGAAGAAUUAAGCAGUUAAGCUUGCCGCCAGAUCUUUACUCAAAUUUAGGGUUUCUUUUUCUUCAUUAAAAUUCUUUAAAAACCCGAUCUCAAAUGCACGGCCUAAGCCGCCUCGGCACCGGCAGUAACCGUUCGGUUUCACCAUCCCCGCCUUCCUCGCCGCGGUUCCGCCAUGGACGUUACAAGAACUUCGCUGGGGGUGGCGGGGGAGUUGGACGUGGCGGGAAGCAGAGUGCGGCCAAUAAGAUAGUGUUCGUGUUGAUAUCGACUGUUUUUCGAAGGAAAGGGGUGCUGUUGUUUGCGCCGUUAUUGUAUAUAUCAGGGAUGUUAUUGUACAUGGGAUUGUUAGGUUUCGAUGUUGUGAGCUUGAAAAAUGCGGUUGUUGUUGUUCACAGGCGUUCGCCCCCCGGCUCGGUUUACCGCAGUCCUCAGCUUUUUCAGAAGCUUUGGCCGUAUAUGGAGGCUGAGAGCAAUGCCACUCACAAUGCGCUGAUGACAGCAUGGAAUCUGAAAAUGCAUCAAGGUUGGAAGCCGUGUGUCAACUCCAUUAUUUCUAAAACAGGCUUCUCAGAAUUGCCGAAGUCUAAUGGUUUCCUUAUAAUUGAAGCGAAUGGUGGCUUGAAUCAACAACGCCUAUCGAUAUGUGAUGCAGUGGCGGUGGCGUGGCUUCUAAAUGCAACUCUUGUCAUUCCAAUCUUUCAUUUGAACAGUGUUUGGCGAGAUUCCAGCAAGUUUGGAGAUAUAUUUGAUGAAGGAUUUUUUGUACAUGCACUUAGAAAUCAUGUGAAUGUGGUCAGAGAGCUCCCUGAAGAUGUACUUCAGAGAUUUGACUAUAAUAUUAGUAACAUUGUUAAUUUGAGAGUAAAAGGUUGGUCAAGCGCAGCCCAUUAUCUCCAGAAGGUUCUUCCAAAGCUAGAGGCAAUGGGGGCUGUUCGUAUUGCACCCUUCUCUAACAGGUUGGCAUAUUCCGUUCCUUCUAAUGUACAAGGGGUUAGGUGCUUAUCCAAUUUUCAAGCACUGAGGUUUGCAGAACCUAUAAGGACACUUGCUGAUAAAAUGGUCGAGAGGAUGGUCAUGAAUAGCUCCCAUACUGGAGGGAAAUAUGUUUCAGUGCAUCUUCGGUUUGAAAUGGAUAUGGUUGCAUUUUCCUGCUGUGAAUAUGAUGGUGGGGAAGAAGAGAAACGUGAAAUGGAUAUUGCUAGAGAAAGAAGUUGGAGAGGAAAAUUUAGGCGAAGGGGCAGAGUUAUAAGGCCAGGUGCAAAUCGUAUGGAUGGAAAAUGCCCUUUAACUCCUUUGGAGGUGGGACUGAUGCUUAGAGGCAUGGGUUUCGAUAACAAUACAUCAGUGUUUGUCGCAGCAGGAAAUAUUUACAAAGCAGAAAAAUACAUGGCUCCCCUUAAACAGAUGUUUCCGCUUUUAGAAACAAAGGAUACAUUGGCUACUCCAGAAGAGCUUGCUCCAUUCAAGGGCCACUCAUCUAGGUUGGCAGCACUAGACUACACCGUUUGCCUUCAUAGUGAAGUAUUUGUCACAACACAAGGUGGAAAUUUCCCCCACUUCUUAAUGGGUCAUCGUCGCUAUUUAUUUGGAGGACAUGCAAAAACAAUUAAGCCUGACAAAAGGAAAUUAGCGCUGCUAUUUGAUAGCCCUCAUAUCAGGUGGGAAACCUUCAGACGGCAGAUGAAAGAUAUGCUGCGGCAUAGUGAUGUGAAGGGAGGUGAACUGAAGAAACCCAGCGGUUCAGUCUACACAUUUCCCAUGCCAGAUUGCAUGUGUAAACAAACAGAGGCAGCAGCAAAUGAAAGCAGUUUGAGUUUUUGAGUACAGACUCUCCCUGUAAUUUUAUGGUGUAUCGUCAUGCGAUUGAGAUGUAGGGUUUAAUUCUUUAGUUUUUGAUUAGAUUAUAGAUUCUUUCAGGUUUCGAUUCUUUCAAGAUUGAAUUGUUCAUAAUGAUUAAUUUAGCACGCUGUAAACUUAUUGUUGUAUAUGAUAUAAAUAUAUGAUCCAUCAUAGUUUAUUGGUGGUUUUGGUAA